UCAGAACUAAUUAUAAAGUUUCAAAAUGAUUUUCAAAAACACAAAACAUGUUCAAACUACUGGACAGCCUGGGUCGCUACUGCUGCUCGUCAGCCAAAUCGGGAUUCAAGAUCCAACCGAGUUGUAUAUCAAGGAUUUGGUUUGGUCCGAUGCCCAAGGACUCGAAUUGGAUAAAACCAGGUCGUCUGCACUUCAUCGAAAACGAUGUGGAGAAACAAGUGGACAUUAUAAAAACCAUAGAUGGCGUGGUGGUGAUACUGUACAACAAAUCCCGGCAAAAACUGAUCUUCGUGCGUCAAUUCAGGGGAGCGGUUUACCAGGGAAUACAUUCAGCUGGAUCAUCGGACAUGUCCAAGGGAGAAGCUGAUCUGGAGAAGUUUCCACCCGAACUAGGUGUUACUUUGGAACUUUGCGGCGGCGCCGUGGACAAGGACAAAAGCAUUGUGGAGAUCGCCAAGGAGGAGGUCCUUGAAGAAUGCGGUUACGAGGUGCCCACCGAAUCCCUGCAGCAUAUCUACGACUAUAGAUCGGGAAUUGGUACCUCCAGUAGUGCCAUGACAUUGUUCUACUGCGAGGUGUGUGAUGCCCAAAAGGUCUCGCAAGGCGGAGGCGUUGAAUCGGAGGAAAUCCAGGUGCUGGAAAUGUCCUUGGAGGAGACGAGGAAACUGGUCCAAACUGGGGCCGUAACUAAUGGUGGACCCUCCUGCUUGCUGGGACUGCUAUGGUUUUUUCUGCACAAGGCACCCAAAGCUUCUACAUAGUAGUAUAAAAUACUUAUAAUAAACUGA